AUGCAAAGCAAUCGUGUCCCUGGCCUGUCUAUCGCUAUUAUCCAGGGUGACCAGGUCAAGUCCGCAGGCUAUGGCUUCGCCUCAGCCAAGCGUCAAGAACCAUGCACUGCAGAUACGCUCUUUGACAUCGCAUCUUCCUCCAAAUCGCUCACUGCAGCUGCAAUCUCUCUUUUAGUUGAAGAUGCCAACUUUCCAGAAGUUCAAUAUGACUCACUUAUGUCUGAACUGCUGCCCGACGAUUCUGUCAUGUCGGACGAAUUACACACCAAUACCGUCACUGUAGAUGAUCUCUUGGGGCAUCACACUGGCAUGCCUGGACACGAUGAUUCAUACAUGGGAAUACGCGCUACUGAGCCUGAUGAUGCGCGAUCAAUCACGCGAAGUUUGCGAAAUCUCGCUGUCACUGCGCUACCACGGACACGCUACAUCUACUGCAACAUGAUGUACACUGUCUUGACGCAUCUCAUAGAAGCCAAGAGCAGGCAGUCCUUCAGCACAUUCAUACAAGAGCGCAUCUUUGAUCGUCUUGGCAUGACGUCGAGCAGUCUGCAACCUGAAGGCGCCAAAGCUAAAGGUCACGAUCAUCUUCUCGCAAAAGGGCAUGUCUGGGACAAGAAGUUCAUGUCGUAUCGCGAGUUCGAUGCAGUGAACUGUCCAGAAGGCCAAGGUGCGAGGUCGGUGAUAUCCAGCGCCAACGAUUUCAUCAAGUUUCUCAGCGCCCUUAUCGAUCGCAACGGUCCUAUAACUGAGGAUGUAUACCAAGGAUUGACUCGGCCGCGAUCUGAACGAAGUGCCAACCAUCGUCAAAGGAAGGUCGGCAUUGGCCACAUUUUCUACACAGCGGGCAUGGAUCUAUACUGGCAAAGCGAAUAUGCAGUGUUUGGGCAUAGCGGCGAUAUCACAGGCUUUGGUAGUCGUUUUGUAUUUCUGCCAGAUCUCAGGUUUGGUGCUGUUGUGAUGGGGAAUUCCUCUGGAACCAACUCGGUAGCUGCACAGCUGUUUCGUGAAUUCAUCACAGAAGUCGUCAACUCCGACAUGGGUCGACAGCAAUUGAGCACGGUCGCUGGUAGAGGCAUUCCUACGAAGUUGCCAGAAGUGCACAUGCACCCAAAGUCAGAGUCACAAAAGCAUCUCACGAAGGUUGUGAAGGGUAAGGACCAGAAAAGAGAUAUUACUGAGGCGAAAGUCACAUCACAGAGGACUAUGGCUCUCGGAGCUUAUACCGGCGACUAUUGGAAUCCUGGGUAUCACAACAUGCGAGUGGAGAUCAAAGACAAUGGGCUGUUCAUCGAUGCGACAGACCGCUCAAUGGGAUUCACGGCCCGGCUCAAAUACAGACGAGAUCAGUCUAUAUUUGAUGCACAGGUGCGAGACGCAUUUGAUACGGGUGACGAAGUCUUGAUGAUCGAGUUCACCAUCGACGAUGGCAAGGUCGUCAGGAUGGGCAUGGAUCUAGAACCGCUGAUUGGCGAAUUGAUAUGGUUCGACAAAGUUGGGAAUGAGUAA